GACAUGUUUAUAACAAUUACUUGGAGUUGAAAAUUUUGUGCGCACUUUUAAUAUUUGCUUCACACUCAUCAUGUCCCAGAUUCCCAUCACGAAGAAGACAAAGAUGUCUGAACUCCUACAUUACAGGCUCAAGGUAUCCAGCAUCGACGGCCGUAGUUUCAUUGGUAAUUUACUCGCGUUCGACAAGCACAUGAACUUGGUUUUAUCAGAUUGUGAAGAAGUACGGAUUCCUAAAAAGUCGCUUCAGGACCUCAAGAAGGGCGUGGCCACAGAGCCCCGCGAACUUAAAACCAACUUGGGGCUCAUCAUUCUCAGGGGGGACCAAAUAGUCAAUUUGACUAUCCAAAGCCCUCCAGUGACAAACCCCAAAAAGAGGCUCGGGUUGGAAAAGGGAAAAGGCACAAGCAAACCGUUGAAAACUCCCGUCAGCGUGAAGUCCAAAUUCAAAGGGUUCAGGGGCCAGUGAUGAAUUGCACGGUAAUGUAAUAUAUAAAUAUAUAUUAAUGUGAAAAGAAGUAUACAAAGAAGGCUUAACAUAACACUCAUUUACCAAAAAGCACAACGCUUUUCUGCUUAGCAGCAGUUAGCAUUAUUCUUACUCUUCUUUUCCUGAGGAACGGGGGUCAAAGAAAUAGUGGCGCCCGAAGAAGGUUUGGCAGAUGGUUGGUCGUCAGUCUCUAAUUGAUGUUUGCUGAUCAUUUCAUAGAUAUUCUUCAAUAACUGGUGGAAAGACAAGUCGACGUUGUCAGAGUUCAAGGCCGAAGCUUCGGUAAACAACAAGCUGUUUUCGUUGGCAAAGUUUUUGGCUUCGUCAGUUGGAACCGCUCUAAGAUGAUCCAAAUCACUCUUGUUCCCCACCAAUUCUAUGACAAUGUUGGCGUCAGCGUGCUCCUUCAACUCCUUCAACCAUCUGGAAACGCUCUCGUAACUUUCGGUCUUGGAAAUAUCGUAAACUAUCAAGGCACCCACGGCACCUCGGUAAUAGGCACUGGUAAUGGCUCUAUAACGCUCCUGACCGGCGGUGUCCCAGAUCUGCGCCUUGACUCUCUUGCCAUCAAUUUCCAAGGUUCUGGUGGCAAAUUCCACUCCAAUGGUGGAUCUGCUGUCCAAGUUGAACUCGUCUCUGGUGAAUCUGGACAACAAGUUGGACUUUCCAACUCCCGAAUCUCCAAUCAAAACUAUCUUGUACAAAUACUCGUAGUCGUAUGAGUAGUCGUCUGUGUUGUCAACCAUGAUGCUGGGUUAUAUGAUAAAGCUGUUGUGGUUUUAUGUUUGUGGUGGAUCCUUCUCUUCCUCCUGGUGGUAUAUCAAAAAAUUGGGGGUUUGCGCUUGGGAAAAUCGGUUCGAAAGCUCCGGGUACAAGUGUGCAACUAUUGGUGAUAAAUGGGGGGUGCGUCUGCUGGAAAUAUGUCAAUUAUACACACAGCUAUUGAGAUCAAUUAGGGUGUGUGAUGUCAACAACC